AUGGUCUUGCUCUGUUGCUCAGGCUAGAGUGCAGUGACACAAUCACAGCUCACUGCAGCCUAGAUCUCCUGGGCUCAAGGGAUCCUCCCACCUCAGCUUCCCAAGUAGCUAGGACUACAGGAGCAUACCACCACACCCAGCUAAUUGUUAAAUUUUUUUGUAGAGAUGGGGUCUCCCUAUGUUGCCCAGGCUGGUUUUGAAUUCUUGGGCUCAAGCAAUCCUCCCGCUUUGGCAUCCCAAAGUGUUGGGAUCACAGGUGUGAGUCACUGCACCUGACCCACUAGAGAGUAGAUUUGUUAUUUGCUAUAGGAUUUGCCCUCUUUUAACAUGAAAAUAUCUUUAGGAGGUAAAAUAAUAACUUUUUUUUUUGAGACAAGGUCUCAUUCUAUUGCCCAGGCUGGAGUGCAGUGGUGUGAUCUCAGCUCACCACAGCUUCGACCUCCUAGGCUUAGAUGAUCCUCCUGCCUCAGCCUCCCAAGUAGCUGGGAUUAUAAGCACACACCAUCAUGCCCAGCUAAUUUUGUAUUUUUUGUAAAGAUGGGUUUUUUCCAUGUUGCCAAGGCUGGUCUUGAACUCCUGGGCUCAAGGGAUCCAUACACCUUGGCAUCCCAAAGUGCUGGGAUUACAGGUGUAAGCCACCAUGCCAGGCCAUAACUAACAUUUUUAUAGCACUUCUUUUCCUGAAAAAAAUGCCCUUCUGAAUUGUUAUAGCACUUUAAAAAGGAAUUUCACAUAUUUUGAGAUAAGCAGCUGGUCUGCUAUCUCACACUCAUACUAAUAAUCAUUUUAUUAGGGUGGGGUCCUGUAUGGGAAUCUAAGCAGCUGAGGAAGCAAGGCUAGGCACUUGGCGGGUUCAUUUGGGUGGAGGCUUUUUUGUGUGUGUGUUUUUUGUUGUUUUGUAAAACUGCCUGGGGCCAAGAGAUUGGAAGUUACGGAUAAAGAUAUACUAUCUUUCCAAAGAGGUCCUUUCUUUGAACAGCUAGAUCUGCAGUCCUUACCUGAAGAUGAUUUUGCCCAUCCCUCCCCAUGACCUUUGGUAAUGUCUGGAGACGUUUUUGAUUGUCGCAUUGGGGAGGGUGAUGCUACUGCACCUAGUGGGUAGCGGCUGGGGAUGCUCCUAAACAUGCUAUGAUGCACAGGACAGUCUCCACAAGAAUUAUCCAGCCAAAUGUCAAUAGUCCCAAAGAAGAGAAAUUAUAAGCUAGAGAAAGAAGAAUUCAUUGACGAGCUGGAGGAAGCUUAUUGAAUUAUUAUUUAUGUUAUAUAUUUAAGAACUUAGAGGCCGGGCACGGUUGCUCACGCCUGUAAUCCUGGCACUUUGGAAGGCUGAGAAAGGUGGAUCACCUGAGGUCAGGUAUUCAAGACUAGACCAGCUUGGCCAGUGUGGCGAAACCCCGUCUCUACUAACAAUACAAAAAUAAGCCGGGCGUGGUGGCGGGCACCUGUAAUCCCAGAUACUGGGGAGGCUGAGGGAGGAGCAUCGCUUGAACCCGGAGAGCGGAGGUUGCAGUGAGCCGAGAUUGCGCCACUUUACUCCAGCCUGGGCAAAAGAGCGAAACUCCGUCUCAAACAAAAACAAAAACAAAAGAAUUCAGAAAAGGAAGUAAGUCACACACAGUAACCUUUUUUCUUUUGGGGUACGGCUAAUAGUUUCUAGGAAUCCUGGAGACUUUAUCUGGAUGUCAGUUAGGCAUUUCACCAGUUCUCAUGGCAUCUUUGUGGAGGAAUAUGGGCCAAGAAGACAGUUCGGUUGUGUCGUCCAUCUGUAUUCGAAGCCUACUGAGAAAUUUUUGAUGGCAGGAGCAUUAAGGUCUUUAGUGGCAUGCAGCAGAGUUCUGUCCUCGGCUCUGUCUUAUUAAACACUUGGACAGAAUGCUGAUCAGAUAUGAGAAGGAUAACAAAUCUGGGAAGGGUAGGCAUCCCCAAAGAUCUUCACCACCAGGAACAACGGUUUGCUUCGUUCAGGCCAUCACAGUGUCCUUAGUGAGGGACACUAACAACCCAUAGGCUGUCCAGAGGAGAGUAAUGGGGAAGAAUGUGAAAGAACUUGAAAAUCAGGACCUGAGGACAUUGCGAGAUGGAAAAACACGGUGGGACAAAAUGAGGAAAACCGAGAGAAAUGGAAAUGGCAUAUACGAAGGCUUUGAGGGAGGACUGUGCCCCUGGGGGAAACUGUGCCCCGGGGCUGGAGUCACAGGCAUAUUUUGGCCUCAUAGAAGGAGAGGUCGAUUAACAAACCUUGCAAGUGUUCAAAGGUGGAAUGGGCUUCCUCGGAAGGUACUGUCAAGACAGAGACCAUUCGAGGGCUUUUAUUGCAAGUGUCGAGACACAUUUGCUGGUAUUUCUCCUUGGAACGUACUCCAAUCUGCUCUGACUUCCGCCCGCACCCGCCUGAGUCCUGCCCCAUUCCAAGGGUGGCACAUCCAGGUCCCGAGGGCGCCAGCCAUGCCCGGAGCAUGGGCUGGUCUGCGUAACUCUGUCCCUUCGGGAGACUUCUAGGAAAUAGUUCUAGUCCUUGCUAUCCUUGCUUUCUGGAUUUCAGAAGUCAGUGCAGCUGCUGGCUUCAUGGAGUCUUCUGCGGGACACUGCACAAAUCCAGGUGUUUACGUAAUUUUUUUAAAAAAACAGAUGUUAGAUUGUGUGACUAACUUGACAGGACAUGAGGAAUCUCUUCAAAAGGAAUCAGAUUUUCUUCAGGAGCCGUCAUCCAGAGACAAGAGCCAAGGGAUGUAGAAACUCAGGGAAGCCUCACGUCCCCACGAAGCCCGCCGGCCAAAUCCCGAAGUGGCUCCACAGGGCCAGCUAGCCCGGAGCAGUCGGCGUUUUAGACUUAGAGGCGCGCGACUGCGCGCACCCGGCGGGAGCUGCGGAGAGGACCAAUGAGCGGGCGCUCUCUCCGCUCCGGCUCGGGAUUGGGCAAGCCGCGCCAGCCUCUCACGGGCGGGGUGGGACUGGGAUCCGCGCGCCCACUGCGCCAGAGUCCCGGGGGCGCGUGCGCGGUCUCGCGGCGGCCGCAGGGGCCGGUCUCGCGCGGUCUAGAAGUGGAGUUGUUGGCGGCUGCGGCGGUGACGGCGGCGACGGAGGAGGCUGGCGGUGGGGCGGGGGCGGGGACUAAGGAUUCUGAGGUGGGGAGUCGGGAGUUUCUGGAUUCUUUAUCCGGUAUUUCAAGGGCCGCCGGAGGGCUGUCGCUUCUGCAGUGCUUAGGAGCGGCCAGGGCGGGAGGCUCCGCGGAGCCGAGGCGCGGAGAAUAAGAAAGCCUGAGUUUUGUGAAAAACCAGAGAAGAGAAACUAAAAGGACAGUAGAAAAGGUUUUUCCAGUUUGCAUAAUAGGAACAUCAGAAGCACCGAGAGAUGGCUGUUGACUGCCCUGGAGAUUUGGGCACCAGGAUGAUGCCAAUACGUCGAAGUGCACAGCUGGAGCGUAUUCGGCAACAACAGGAGGACAUGAGGCGUAGGAGAGAGGAAGAAGGGAAAAAGCAAGAACUUGACCUUAAUUCUUCCAUGAGACUUAAGAAACUAGCCCAAAUUCCUCCAAAGACCGGAAUAGAUAACCCUAUGUUUGAUACAGAGGAAGGAAUUGUCUUAGAAAGUCCUCAUUAUGCUGUGAAAAUAUUAGAAAUAGAAGACUUGUUUUCUUCACUUAAACAUAUCCAACAUACUUUGGUAGAUUCUCAGAGCCAGGAGGAUAUUUCACUGCUUUUGCAACUUGUUCAAAAUAAGGAUUUCCAGAAUGCAUUUAAGAUACACAAUGCCAUCACAGUACACAUGAACAAGGCCAGUCCUCCAUUUCCUCUUAUCUCCAACGCACAAGAUCUUGCUCAAGAGGUACAAACUGUUUUGAAGCCAGUUCAUCAUAAGGAAGGACAAGAACUAACUGCUUUGCUGAAUACUCCACAUAUUCAGGCACUUUUACUGGCCCACGAUAAGGUUGCUGAGCAGGAAAUGCAGCUAGAGCCCAUUACAGAUGAGAGAGUUUAUGAAAGUAUUGGCCAGUAUGGAGGAGAAACUGUAAAAAUAGUUCGUAUAGAAAAGGCUCGUGAUAUUCCGUUGGGUGCUACAGUUCGUAAUGAAAUGGACUCUGUCAUCAUUAGCCGGAUAGUAAAAGGGGGUGCUGCAGAGAAAAGUGGUCUGUUGCAUGAAGGAGAUGAAGUUCUAGAGAUUAAUGGCAUUGAAAUUCGGGGAAAAGAUGUCAAUGAGGUUUUUGACUUGUUGGCUGAUAUGCAUGGUACUUUGACUUUUGUUCUGAUUCCCAGUCAACAGAUCAAGCCGCCUCCUGCCAAGGAAACAGUAAUCCAUGUAAAAGCUCAUUUUGACUAUGACCCCUCAGAUGACCCUUAUGUUCCAUGUCGAGAGUUAGGUCUGUCUUUUCAAAAAGGUGAUAUACUUCAUGUGAUCAGUCAGGAAGAUCCAAACUGGUGGCAGGCCUACAGGGAAGGGGACGAAGAUAAUCAACCUCUAGCCGGGCUUGUUCCAGGGAAAAGCUUUCAGCAGCAAAGGGAAGCCAUGAAGCAAACCAUAGAAGAAGAUAAGGAGCCAGAAAAAUCAGGAAAACUGUGGUGUGCAAAGAAGAAUAAAAAGAAGAGGAAAAAGGUUUUAUAUAAUGCCAAUAAAAAUGAUGAUUAUGACAACGAGGAGAUCUUAACCUAUGAGGAAAUGUCACUUUAUCAUCAGCCAGCAAAUAGGAAGAGACCUAUCAUCUUGAUUGGUCCACAGAACUGUGGCCAGAAUGAAUUGCGUCAGAGGCUCAUGAACAAAGAAAAGGACCGCUUUGCAUCUGCAGUUCCUCAUACAACCCGGAGUAGGCGAGACCAAGAAGUAGCUGGUAGAGAUUACCACUUUGUUUCGCGGCAAGCAUUCGAGGCAGACAUAGCAGCUGGAAAGUUCAUUGAGCAUGGUGAAUUUGAGAAGAAUUUGUAUGGAACUAGCAUAGAUUCUGUACGGCAAGUGAUCAACUCUGGCAAAAUAUGUCUUUUAAGUCUUCGUACACAGUCAUUGAAGACUCUCCGGAAUUCAGAUUUGAAACCAUAUAUUAUCUUCAUUGCACCCCCUUCACAAGAAAGACUUCGGGCAUUAUUGGCCAAAGAAGGCAAGAAUCCAAAGCCUGAAGAGUUGAGAGAAAUCAUUGAGAAGACAAGAGAGAUGGAGCAGAACAAUGGCCACUACUUUGAUACGGCAAUUGUGAAUUCCGAUCUUGAUAAAGCCUAUCAGGAAUUGCUUAGGUUAAUUAACAAACUUGAUACUGAACCUCAGUGGGUACCAUCCACUUGGCUGAGGUGAAAGAAACAUCCAUUCUGUGGCAUGUUGGACUUGAUCUGGCAAAAACUGCUAAUAGGAAGAUUGCCCGACACUGCAGCAAGAUUGAGGAUAAGAUGGAAGGCAGCAGUAUAAGCUGUAGAUCUGUUCUUAGAUCUCUUGAAUUAGUGAGAGGACAGUUCCCUUAGGUAGUUUGUGCACAGCAUCCUUUAUUCUCUAUACAUGGCUUUAGCGGUUCUUGCCUCAUUUUGGGAUUCUAAAUGGAAGCUUUCAACAGAGCAUUCCAUUUUGUCCUGUUAAAACCUUUUGUUUUCACCUAAACCCUUUCUGCUUAGUCGUAUCCCUGUGAAAAACUUGUAUACACAAGUGUCCAUGUCUCACACAAAUAUUGAUGUGAUUACACUUAAGUGUUAAAUCAUUAACACUUAAAUGACUUCAUUGGGAAUACUGAGCAGAGGGACUGUGCUUCUAUGCACUGGACAAGGCAGUAUUUGCUUAGGAGACUAAUUUAGUCAUCAGAGAUACUUUCCUAAAAAGGAAAAAUAAAAAACAAAAUGGUGCCACUUUGGGUUGAAGCUACUUUGUUAGGCUUGAAUUCAUUUAUAUGUCUUUUGAUCCUUAAAAAAACAAAAAACAUUCCAUUAGAAGCACCAGUUUUUUUGCUCAAACUUUGUGGAUCAGACUCUACACUCAACACACUCUAAUCUACUUAAAGGUAUACAAAAUAUGCUGAUCUUUUUUAAAUUAUGAUUUCCUGAAUUUUUUUCUUAAGUCGUCUCAACUGAUUACUAACUUAGCUUCCCUUCCCUCAUCUGCAUAGUGUAAUAGAAUGUAUGUUACAUUUUGAAUGGCAGGUGUUCAUUAUAAUCUGUAUUGACUGUUAAAAAGUUUCUUCCUCAUGAUGCUAAUAGUUUUUUGUAUACAUGGGAGGAUAGCACAUUUGACAGUUCUUGCAUUUUUAUGUAUGAGCACAGUAUCCUAUGACUGUGCUACAUAUAUAUAGGUAAUAAACUGGAAUUCUGUUGAUGAAUAUAGCUGCUGUACUAUAUAUUAAUAUUUAAUAGAAAACACUUGUUUAGCAUUAGAAUAAAAUUAUGUAUGUCCUUGGGAAAUAUUAUGACAAUUGACUUUAAGAUCAAAAGGAAAGGAAGACCUGAAAGUAAUUUGAACAUUUUAGGAAAAGAAUAUUGGAGAGAAAAAGGUAUUAAAUAUAUAGAAAUAGGUUUUUAACCUAACAAGGUCUGCCUUUUAUGACCAGAAUGCAACAGCUUGGUAAAUCAUAAAAGAAACAUUUAAGCUAAUAGGAUUUUCGUACUGUCUCUAUAGCUAUAGCUUUAAAAUUCGACGUGUAUAAUUGGCAUAGAAACUUAAUUUGCAGUCUUUUCAAGCCUUUAGGAUAGUGUGAUGUGUAACAACCAACCUCAAAUGUGAAUGCCUUGAUUUUAUUUUUAUGGUGACUUUAGCUACAGCAUUUCCUAUUCCCAGAGCUAAACACUGGAAUAAUACUGACAUCAUUUAAUUUAACAUAAGCAAUUAUGUUUAAGGAGUAAUUUGUGUCAUGUAUAUAUUUGAUUUUUUUUCCUCUUCUACAUAAUUUUAUUUGAACAAAUGUAGACAGUUUAUAUGUCGCCUUUUUCUGUUCAAAUUUGCAUGGCCUAUUAAGUUGGCUGGAGAGUGUUUUAUGUGGAAAUAUUUUCAAGAUAAUGUUCCUUAGGAAGAAAAUAACAUUCUUGGGUUGAGGGAAGGAAUGCCAUACAUACUGUCUCUUCAGAUCUGAAAUACUCCAGUUUAGAGCCAGGAAAAUUCACAGGUCACACCGACUUUUAGCAUUAAAAACUAAGGAAUAUACUUAGCACUUAAUCUUUUCAGUUUUCCAGUUUACUUCUCAGGAAUGAAGUGUAGCCUAUGGUCGACAAUGGAGUUUUGUGAUCUGCUUAUUGUAACUGACAACUGUUUUCAACUCCAAGAGCUAAACUAUUGGCAGUUCAUGUUAAGUUAGAGUGAGGGUGUAGGUAGUGUCAGUGAAUGGCUCUUGUGCCCGCUGUAGACAUUAGGCCUGCACUAGGGCCAUGUGCUGUCAAGAUUCAGGAACAUGGUUUUAACAAGCAGAUCUUGUAUCAAGGCAGAGGCCAUGCCAUGCCAUACUUUUAGGAAGUCUGAGAUGAUAAAUAUUUCAAGGUCAGUGAAGUCCUAUCAUUCUCCCCUUCCUCAUCAGCAAUGGUAGAUAGAAAUGUCCCAAACUUUUCUAAAUCCUAGUGAUGAGGAUGUGCUGAUAUUCAACAUAGUCCUUAAAGUGAAAACUGAGUUGUUACUGACCUCCACAAAAGAAUAUGGAAAAAAGCCUUGCUGUACACCUAGUUGUACAGCCACUCUCGCCAAUUCCAUUUCCUGUCCCUCUGUGGUUCUGACUGGAGACCCCAGUGUGGGGGAGGUCUUACCCAUUUAAUAUAGAAAUGAUAUCAAUAACUAAUGCUAUGUACUUGGAAAAUCCAAAUAAGGAAGUGUUAGGUUGGUGCCUAUCUAUCUAUCUUUAUUUCUCAAAUUUUCGUUGUCAGAACAAAUGGAAGGAGAAUAUUAUUUAGACUAAUCCAGAUUUGCUUUCUAUGAAAAUCUAAUGUCUGGAUUAUCUUCCUUUUCUCAUGGCCUAAGAAAUAAGUAUCGAUAAGGAAUGAUUUGAAUGUAAUUUUGUGAAUGUGUGGAAAAUAUAAAGCAGGGAUUUAGCCUUAAUAAAGGUAACCUUCUGACAUCUGUUGUUAAUCCCCCUUUGUACUCUUAUCCUGUAUCUGCACUCUGUUAUUUUGAGAUGUCAUACUGUACACUGUAUUGUAAAAAUAAAAAGUAAAAUUAUAUUUCAAAUUUUAAAA